UGUCUUGCUCAGAUCUCACCUCCUACUGAUCUACAUUCCCAUUCUCAAGCAACCUCAAAACACACAAAUUUCACGACAACAUGGAUCAUGUGCGUGAGGCUCUCCAGGGCGACUUCUUUGACCAGGUGAGCAGAGCGCUAUCGGACUACGCUCUAGACGAACUCAGCAACCCUAUCCUCUGCGUCCACGUAUUUGUUCGAGAUAGGAGCGAUGCCAGUGAUGGCAACGACACUUCGAAGGCCGAUGGCUGGCGUCAUUCUAGCGAACUUCUUCUAUCACAUCAAGUUGAUCUUGCUAGUAGCACAGCACCCCAACCACCUUGCAGUCCUACGUCGGCGUCAAGUACCUCCCCUCGGACAUCACGACGGAGCGAGCCUCCGCCCGCUACGGCUCCCGCGACCGACGCAGCCCGGAGAGUCACGAAGGCCACUGCCCUUGCCUUGCCACGUAAACGGCAAAGUGGCUUACGCCCGGCUCCCAGGAGCACCGUUGUCGUCGAUGAUGGCCUCGAUAGCCGCCGUCAGAUGCAAGUCGGAGACGAGAAUUUCCCGAAAAGAGCCAAAAUUAAGCCUGAUGGCGUGUUUUAUGCACGGGAGUCAUCGCUAAGCAAGUUUAUUGUUGGCGUAUGGGAACAAAUACAUUCGGGCCUCAUUCUGGACCCUCAUGUCCUCACCGAGCAGGUCCAGCUUACCGCCGCCACAGCUACUUGUACAACAGCAAUGCCAACGCCACAAACAUUCGCCUGCGAUACCCAGAGAUCUCAGGGGACCCCGCCAGCUUCACUUGGUAUUACUGUCGGUAUCCAGAGCCGUUCAGGUAUUACUUACGACUUCUUUAGUCGAAGUAAUUUAUUCUGUCGCAGAGUCACCCAGGCCAGCCGCACCUGUCGUUCCAUCGAGGUUAUUGUCCAGGCGCGUUGGGUCGAGCUCUUUGACUCAUACGUCGAGUAUCUUUCCUGCACGAAUCCUGGAAUGUCCUCAACCAAGAGUCGCAUGAGAGCGCUGACCGAGGCCUGUAAUGACUUCGGGUGGUCCGAAAAGGAGCUGCGAAACAAGAUGGCCAUCUGGCGAGGCUACAAGGAGAUAAAAGACAUUCUGGGCUGGGUUGCGCUGGUGUUUUCGGGAAUGGGCCUCUACCGCCUUUGCAAGUACCGCAUCGACUUUGACAAAGAGAAAUUUCAGCGAGUACGAGCAUUGCGACUACGGAUGGAGGUAGCCGCAGAUACUUUACAUCAAAAUUGGCGCCAGAUUUUAGCUAUUGUUGGUGAAUCUACGCAACAGCGCUUCAGCGGCCACCCUCAUGACUGGGUCGUGUAUCAAGACGGCUUUGACCCAAUUCCCCUCCGAUCAACAUACCUAGAGAAUGAUCCGAACUUCAGUUUUGAACAUCUCGAAGAAUCUGUCCUAGAUACAACGUCGUGGGGCGCUGACGACCCUCGCUGGAUCCCUCCGCUUAAUGCUAUUGCAUGCGUUACAGACACGAAUAUCUGUGAUGUAUGCGGGCAGGCGCAGUCUAAUGACGCCACACUCAAUUCUUGCAAGUGCUUCCCUAGCCUCUUCGGCGGUCCAAGGUUGCCAUGCCCGGUGCAGGUCUUUCGAACACCUAACGGACGAAAUAAUGGGAUCCAGGCACUUCUGCCAUUCGAGAGGGGUAUUGCCAUUGGAGAGUUUGUGGGACUUGUGACUAAGAACAUGGAGGACCAGGACGUGCUGGAUAGUAAGGCGGGUGGGCGAAGAUAUCAGAUCUGGCAAGGGAGGCAAGGGAACUUUACUCGGUUCAUGAAUCAUAGUUGCAAGCCGAAUGCGCAGUUCCAAAAGUUUGUCUGGCUAGGGACGCAGCAUAUUUUACUUGUGAGUAAAGGGAUUGAAGCAGGCAUGGAGAUCACGGUAGACUACUCCGGAAGUUAUUGGCAUGGGCUAGAUAAGAGAUGUCUCUGUGGUGAAAGUUGUUGUCGAUAUAAUGGUAGUACAUAG